AUGCCCAUCGACCAUGAUUCAGGACCUCGUCACUUUCGCAAUCCGGUCCCACCACGGACCGUGUUCUUUUCUCGACGAUCCGGUCGGCCGUCGGUGCUCCGGGAGGUGCCCGGGAUGCGGCCCCAGAAGGUGAUCAUCUCCCGCGCCGGCACGCGCAAGCUGCUGAACCUGAACUUGGACGAGGUGGCGACGGCGGCCACGGAGCUUGGGAUCAACGUGACGGUGGCCGAGGCCGCGGCCGACAUGCCGGCGUUCGCGGCGCUGGUGAACGCGGAGGACGUGCUGCUGGCGGUGCACGGCGCCGGGCUGACGAACCAGAUCUUCCUACCGACGCAGGCGGUGGUGCUGCAGAUCGUGCCGUGGUGGAGCAUGGACAGGAUGACGACCAACUUCUACGGGCAGCCGGCGCGGGACAUGCAGCUCCGGUACGUGGAGUACUUCGUCGACGAGCAGGAGACGAGCAUGACAAUGGCAACUCUGAAUCUUCAGAUUCAGCCUUUACACUAUUGUACUGCAUGCAGUGAAAAUGUCAACUUUAAAUCUCCACAUUCAACAUUUUUCUACAGCUUAGAUUAUCUCAUAUGA